AUGGACAAGCUUUGGUGGCGCGCAGCCUGGGGAGUCUGCCUCGUGCAGCUGAGUCUGGCGCAGAUCGAUUUGAACAUAACUUGCCGAUAUGCUGGUAUAUACCACGUGGAGAAAAAUGGCCGUUACAGCAUCUCACGGACGGAGGCUGCUGACCUCUGCAAGGCUUUCAAUAGCACCCUGCCCACCAUGGCUCAGAUGGAGAAAGCCCUGAGCAUUGGGUUUGAGACUUGUAGGUACGGGUUCAUAGACGGGCAUGUGGUGAUCCCCCGGAUCACCCCCAACUCCAUCUGUGCUGCCAACAACACAGGGGUGUACAUCCUCACAUCAUCCAAUACCUCCCAGUAUGACACGUAUUGUUUCAAUGCUUCAGCUCCAGAAGACAAAGAAGACUGUACAUCAGUCACAGACUUGCCCAAUGCCUUUGAAGGACCAAUUACCAUAACUAUUGUUAAUCGUGAUGGGACCCGCUAUACCCAGAAAGGAGAAUACAGAACCAACCCUGAAGACAUCUAUCCCAGCAACCCUAAUGACUAUGACGUGAGUAGUGGAUCAUCCAGUGAGAGAAGUACUUCAGGAGGUUAUAGCAUCUUCCACACCCACCUUCCAACUGCAGACCCGACUCAAGACCAAGCCAGUCCUUGGGUGUCUGACAACACAGUGAACACGCCCACUACCACUUUGACCAGCACUAGUGGCACAACUCCUGAAACAACAACCAAGAGGCAAGAAGUCAAGGACUGGUUUUCAUGGUGGUUUCAACCAUCACAUUCCGAGAAUCAUCUCCACACAACAACCAAAAUGGAUGGUACGGAUUCAAAUACCAUGUCAGCAGGCUGGGAGCCAAAUGAAGACAAUGAAGACGAAAGAGACAAACCCCCCAGUUAUUCUGGAUCAGGCAUUGAUGAUGAUGAAGAUUUUAUCUCCAGCACCAUUUCAACCACAUCACGGAUCUUUCAUUACACAAGACAGAAUGAGGAUUGGAACCAAUGGAGUCCAGGCCUUUCACAUCCAGAAACACAGCUUCAGACAACUACAGCAAUGACUGAUGUGGACAGAAGUGGCACCAGUGCUCAUGGAGAAAAUUGGACCCAGGAACCACAGCCUCCUCUCGUUCACCAUGAGCAUUAUGAUGACGAAGAGACCCAGCAUUCUACCAGCACAACCCAGGCAACCCCUAGUAGUACAAUUGAAGAAACAGCUACCAAGAAAGAGCAGUCGUUUUGGAAUGGAUGGCCUGGGGAGCAUUCUCAGACGCUUAAAGAAGAUUCUCAUUCAACAACAGGAACGGCUGCUUCAGCCCAUGACAGCCAUACUUAUCAAAGAAUGACAACGCAGAGUCAAGAGAAGAGUAGUUCCUGGAUGGAUUUCUUCGACUCAAUCUCACAUCCAAUGGGACGAGGUCAUCAAGCAGGAAGAAGGAUGGAUGUGAACUCCAGCCAUAGUACAACACCUCAGCCCACUGCAGUUCCAAACAGAGAUUUGGUGGAAGUCUUGGACAGGAUAGAACCUCUUCCAAUGACAACUCAGCAGAGUCAUUCUCAGAGCUUCUCUACAGAACAUGGAGGCCUGGAGGAAGAUAAAGACCAACCAACAACUCCUGCUCCAACAUCUAGCAAUAGGAAUGAAGGCAGAGGUGGAAGAAGAGGAGAACAUCUUCCUGAAGACUCAACUACAUCAGUGGAAGGUUAUACCCCUCAUUUCCCAGACACAAAGGAAAACAGGACCCUCACCCCCGUAACCCCUGCUAUGACUGAGUCCCCUGGAGUUACUGAAGUUACUGUUGGAGAUUCCAGCUCCGACAUAGCACAUUCACAUCCAGGACACCAAGAUGACGACGAGACUGGUGGGAGAUCCCAUACCACUCAUGGCUCUGAAUCAAAUGAACAUUCAAGUAGGAGUCAAAAUGGUGGGGCCAACACAACAUCCAGUCCUAAGAGGAAACCCCAAAUUCCAGAAUGGCUGAUCAUCUUGGCAUCCCUCUUGGCCCUGGCUUUGAUUCUCGCAGUUUGCAUCGCUGUCAACAGUCGAAGACGGUGUGGACAGAAGAAAAAGCUGGUGAUAAAUGGCAGUGGAGCUGUGGAAGACAGAAAGCCAAGUGGGCUCAAUGGAGAGGCCAGCAAGUCUCAGGAAAUGGUGCAUUUGGUGAACAAAGAGUCAUCAGAGACCCCAGACCAGUUCGUAACAGCUGAUGAGACACGAAACCUGCAGAAUGUGGACAUGAAGAUUGGGGUGUAA